AUGAAAGCAAAUCCAGAUAUAAAUCUGAAAAAUCUGCACAGUAAGUUUUGUAAAAAAUGGAACAUUGGUGUGUCAAGGUCUACAACAACUAAGGCAAAAGCAAUGGCAACCGCCAACAUUGAUGAUUGUUUCAAACAACAAUAUGAAAGACUGUAUGAUUAUGCACAAGAAUUAUUGAGGUCAAACCCUGGGUCAACAAUGAAAUUGAGUGUGGAACGAAAUGAGGAUAAGGCUAUAUUCAAAAUAUUUUGGUCUAGGUCAAGAUUUUCAGGAAGACCUGCUUGUGACACACUUGUCAAUAACAUAUUUGAAGCUUUUAACAACGUCAUCUUAGAUGCUAGGGGGAAACCAAUCAUAACAAUGUUGGAAGAGGUUCGUAGCUACCUAAUGAAGAAGUGGGCAUCCAAUAGAGAGAAGAUAAGUAAGUUUCAUGGUGGCAUUUGUCCCAAAAUUCAAAAGAGACUACAGAAGAGGUUAAAGAAGACACAAUAUUGGAUACCUAAUUGGUCAGGUCUGCAAGUUUUUGAGAUCAGCCAUACUUGCAAUAUUGCUGAAAAGUUUGUGGUUGAUAUAGACAAAAGAGAUUGUAGCUACAGGAAGUGGACUGUAACAAGAAUACCUUGUUGUCAUGCACUCACAGCCAUGAAGUUUUUAAACAUCAAUCCAGAAGACUGUAUCCCAAAUUGGUUUAGAACCUCUACUUAUGAAGAAACUUACAUUCCAUUAAUUUUCCCUGUGAAUGGACCUGAACUAUGGCAAAGGACUUCAUAUGUUGAUGUUUUUCCUCCUCCGAAUAGGGUGUUGCCAGGUAGACCAAGAAAAAAACGAAGACUGAAGAGUUGGGAGCAAAAAAGGGAUGAUACACAACUUGGACAAACCGGAAUCCCAAAGAGAUGUGACAUUUGUAGACAACUAGGGCAUAGAAGAACUAAUUGCCCUCAAGCACAGCACCAACAAGCUACAACACACUCCACUCAAGCAAGUGAACAACAACACCACGAAGCUACACCAUUACCCACUCAAGCAAGUCAGAUUACUCAAGAACCCCAGACCGAUCACACUACAACAACACUUUAA